CAAAUUGCAAAAACUAGUAGUUUUAAUUCGCUGUUGAACGAGUGCGAAUGUUGGCGAUUGCGGUUGAUUGAAAGGCAGAGAAAAUAUUAACUAUUUUUUGGCUUGCAGAAUUUUAGAAACUUAUUUAUCGGCAUAUAAUUCAUCAUCCAAGUUUAGUGAUUUCUUGAGCCUACGGACAGACUCCCAGUGUUGGAAAAAAAAUCCUUGAAACUCAUUUCGGGUACAAAUCAAAACGUCCGUGGAGACAGUGGAGAUUUUCUGGUAGAGUGGUGUAUUCACAGUGAUCUUAUGGUUCAUUCGUGGAGCUACUUUGCGGAAUUUGCUUUUGGUUUUUCAUUCGUCGCAACAGAAAAGAACUUAUCAGCCGAAGAGUAAAGGCAGUUCUAUUUUUGGCAAAAUUUUAGUAUGAGAACAAAGAAUUACUUUUAACCAUUAAAAAGCACAAAUGAAAUAAACAAAAUUGGGUGAUUAGGAAAAUACACACGAGUAGCUGCAGUGAAGACGGCAGAAGCAAAGAAUAAAGGGAAGAUAAUAAACUCUUCCUGUUUGGUCUACGGGUUAUUGUUGUUUUUCUGUUUGGUCUGCAGCCAGCGUUAGCUUUGGCGUAAGCGUUAACAGUGGCGUCAGCGGUAAACUGCGAAGAUUUUCAAUCUAGCUUCACAACAAUUGGAAAAUAAUAAUCGCGAAAAAAUUGUGCAAUUGGGAACAAAAAUAACUUACAACAUUAAUACAUACUUAAAUAUUGAAUUGUGCUAAUAAAAAAAGUCCACACAAAUAUCGAAUCGCGGUUCCAGCUUUUAGCCUUGCAAAAGAACUUGGUUGCUUUAAAUUUGUCAUACUAAAAGGAUUUUAUGUUUACUUUGUUCCUCGGCUAUGGAUUGUAAAUUUAUUGUUUAUAAUGCGGCUCGAGACAACAACUUAGCGCAAUUGAAGCACAUUCUCUCCAACAGAUCAGAUUCAGAAGCAAAGAUGCUUAUAGCUGCAAAAGUAAAUGGUGCUACGCCGCUGGUUAUUGCCUGCCGAAAUGGUCACUACAAUAUAGUAGAGUAUUUGCUAAAGCGGCACGCCAAUGUUGAACAAGUAGGAUCAGUGAGUUUCGAUGGAGAACCUAUAGAAGAUGCGCCUCCGCUGUGGUGCGCUGCAGCUGCUGGCCAUUACGGUAUUGUGAAGCUGUUGGUACAUCAUGGCGCUAAUGUAAAUAGUACGACGCGAACAAACUCAACGCCACUGCGAGCAGCUUGUUUUGAUGGACAUUUCGAUAUCGUCAAGUUUCUUGUAAACAAUGGAGCAGACUUUGAGGUUGCAAACCGUCAUGGACAUACAUGUCUAAUGAUCGCAUGCUAUAAGGGACACUACAAAAUCGCGCAGUAUUUACUGUCUCUCAACGCUGAUGUCAAUAGGUGCAGUAUAAAGGGAAAUACGGCAUUGCACGACUGCGCUGAGUCUGGUUCAUUGGAGAUACUGCAAUUGUUGCUAAAGCAUGGAGCAACAAUGGAUGUCGAUUAUUAUGGUAUGACGCCCCUUUUAGCAGCGAGUGUAACUGGGCAUUUGCCAAUUGUAGAGCAUCUUAUUACUUUACCUUGUGUCAGUCAAAAAAGCCGAAUUGACGCUUUGGAACUGUUGGGUGCAACAUAUGUAGAUAAAAAACGUGAUAUGGUCAGUGCUUUGUCUUUGUGGCGACGGGCUAUGGAGGACCGAAACCAGGAGCCGAAAAUUCCUAAAGUUAUCAAUGAGCCUAUUGCUGCAUACGAAUACGUGUCGGAAGUGGCAACAAUAGAAGGACUCGAUGAGCUAGUUCUGGAUCCUGAUGAAAUGCGGAUGCAGGCUCUGGUUAUACGACAAAGGAUUUUGGGACCCACGCAUCCCGACACCAGCUAUUACAUUCGAUUCAGAGGUGCGCAUUAUGCGGAUGCAGGACGCUUUGAUCGUUGCAUUGAAUUGUGGACGUAUGCUUUGACGAUGCAGCAGAAAAUUCUUCAGCCUCUUAGUCCUAUGACUCAAUCGUCCUUAUUAUCUUUUGCUGAACUAUUUAGUUUUAUGUUGGUUGAAGCUGGCCGUUUGUUACCCCGUGGCCGGAUUGUACCUCCAAUUGCAGCUGCAGAUAUGUUGAUGAUAUUCAAUAAAGCUGUUUUAGAGGUGGAGCGAGGCCUUGAAUGGACUUUAGAACAUGAAAAAAAUCCCGCUGCACUAUCUUCUAUACAUGAUUGUAAUCAUGAUCCGAAUGCAUUAAGUCGCGCUUUAGUAAGUGCUUUACAUAUAGGAUGUUUAUUGGCAUCACUUGAAGAAGACGGAAACUUCUGUCCAAAUAUGCGGAAAGAAAUCUUAUAUUCAUUAUAUAAGCUAAAUCGGCUAAAAGUAUGUGUUCGAUCAGGUCGAUCUGCGCUGCACUAUGCAUGCUAUCGAGAAGGAACUCUUGUUGGCCGCUAUCCUGCUUGCAAAUUUCCGUCACCAGCGUUGGCGAAAGCUCUGCUCGAAGUUGGAGCUGACCCGAAUGCCAGAGAUGAUGAUGGAAAUACACCACUCCAUUUGGCAGCAACCGCGCAACUAUGCCCAAGAGCGUUAACGAAAGUCCUCCUAAAAUAUGGCGCUCAUUUGGAUGUCAAAAACAAUGCCGGUGAAACAUUCGAAACACUACUGAAACCUGGAAAAAUACACGAAAUUAUAAACCCGUUAAAAUACACAACUUUGGCAUGUUUGGCUUCGCGGACAAUACAAAAGCAUCGAAUUAAAUAUCUUAACAUCGUACCUCCAUCGCUUUACACAUUUAUUGAAAUGCAUUAAAUGGUGAAUAGUAAGUGCAGCGUAAAUAAGUAACAUAGACAACUGUCCAGCGCAGGGCAAAACAGGCAAAUGAUCGCAGCUAUGAAUAUCUUUGUGAUUAAUGCGCGUUUAAAUGUUUUAUUGAGUUGUAUUUUUGUGUAUAUUUUAAAAAUUUGCGCACGGAGUUAUUUAAAUUGUUUAAGCUAACAUUGAAGCCGUUCUUUAUAUG